UUAGGUUUAUUUGCUGUUUUAGCACCAUAAAAGGAAGCGAUUAUUAACUGGAUCUACAAAGUAUUAUGUUCUAAUGCUAAACAAUUGUGUAAUCAUUUUUAAUUUUUAUCAAACUGAAAGUGAAACUCUGAGCAUUCGGACUGGAGAGAACAACAACUGCAGUAAAAUAAAAUGGCUUCUAAGUUUUCAGAGGAGGACUUCUCUUGUCCUGUGUGCUGUGAAAUCUUCACGGAUCCUGUUUUACUGAGCUGCAGUCACAGUGUGUGUAAAGUGUGUUUGCAGCAGUUCUGGGAGACCAAAGGAUCCAGAGAAUGUCCUGUUUGUAGGACAAAGUCAUCUAUGAGUGAUCCUCCCAUAAGUCUGGCCUUAAAGAACCUGUGUGAGACUUUCUUACAGGAGAGAAGUCAGAGAUCUUCAUCAGGGUCUGAAACAAUCUGCAGUCUGCACAGUGAGAAACUCAAACUCUUCUGUCUGGAUGAUCAACAGCCGGUGUGUGUGGUGUGUCGGGAUUCAAGAAAACACACCAACCACAAAUUCUGCCCCAUUGACGAGGCAGCAACAGACUGUAAGGAGAAGCUCAAAACUGCACUAAAGCCCCUACAGGAGAAACUGAAGAUCUUUACAGACUGUAAACUGAACUGCAGUCAGACUGCAGAACAUAUAAAGAUUCAGGCCCAACACACAGAGCAUCAGAUUAAGGAACAGUUUGAGAAACUUCACCAGUUUCUACGAGAUGAAGAGGCAAUCAGGAUCGCUGCACUGAGAGAGGAAGAGGAGCAGAAGAGUCAGAUGAUGAAGGAGAAGAUUGAGAAGCUGAGCAGUGACAUAUCAUCUCUUUCAGACACAAUCAGAGCCAUAGAAGACGAGAUGAGAGCUGAAGACGUCCUGUUCUUACAAAACUACAAGGCCACAGUGAAAAGAGCCCAGUGCACACUGCAGCAUCCAGAGGAGCUUUCAGGAGCACUGAUCCAUGUGGCAAAACAUCUGGCCAACUUGAAGUUCAGAGUCUGGGAGAAAAUGCAGGACACUGUCCAAUACACACCUGUAACUCUGGACCCCAACACUGUUCAUCCUAAACUCUUUGUAGCUGAUGAUCUGACCAGUGUGAGACUCAGUGAUGAGAGACAGAAACUUCCUGAUAAUCCAGAAAGAUUUGAUAACUGUUUGUCUAUCCUUGGCUCUGAGGGCUUUAACUCAGGCACACACUGCUGGGAUGUUGAAGUCGAAGACUGUACAGUCUGGUAUGUGGGUGUGAUGACAGAAUCUGCUCAGAGGAAGGAGAAUAUAUUCUCCAAAAGUGGAAUCUGGUGUGUGGGGUAUUAUGGUGGUGAAUACGGAGGACGUUCUACACCACUGCCAUUCUCUCUCCUCUCAGUAGAACAGAAACUCCAGAGGAUCAGAGUGAAACUGGACUGGGACAGAGGAAAUCUGUCAUUCUCCAACCCUCUCACUAACACACACAUACACACUUUCACACACACAUUUAUUGAUAAAUUACUCCCAUAUAUAAGCGUUAUUGGUUCUAUAAAGAUCCUCCCACUUCAGUGCUCUGUAAGACUGAAUCAGAUCAGUUAGAGCUCAUUUUGAUGUAUUCAAGUCUGUUAAUGAAAUAUCACUGAUAAAAAGUGUGUUUUUCACAGAAACACUGAACAAUUCAUUGUGAAAAGUGAAUUGCUGUGACGUUAUUUUGUCUGACCUUGUCAAUUAUUCAAAAUAAGUUAAAACUGUAAAUACUGAUAGAAUCUUUUUCUCCUCAAUAAUAACAUACUAAUGAUAAUAUAAGAUGCUAAAAGAGGCUUGUUGCUGCCACUUUUAUGUCAGUGCUGGAUUAUAGUGAUGUAAUGUAAUAUAUAUAUAUAUAUAUAUAUAUAUAUAUAUAUAUAUAUAUAUAUAUAUAUAUAUAUAUAUAUAUAUAUAUAUAUAUAUUACAUCACUAUAAUCCAGCACUGACAUAAUAUACAGUACAUAUACAAUAUGAGAUAUGAGAAUGCAUCUUCACAGACUUUACAUGCUUUGAGCUCCGAGGUUUAUAACUCAUUAUUGUGCGUUCUAUGCUCAUGUUGGAUGGUCUGCCAUGUUCAUGGACAGAUUAAAACACUGCCAUACAAUCAAUUAUAAAUCUAUCCUGGGUCUUUUCCUUUCAUGUCUUCCGACCUACAUCUGUAGAAAACAUGGAGGUGGCUUUAGCCUUCGGUUUUAGGAAUUCUUUUUAUCGUCUCUUCCAUCCGUGUGCACUGAACUGGGAAAAAGGCAUUUAAACUUGCUGCUCCCACUACCUGGUGUAAUUUGCAAAAUAUGCUAAAACUUAAGGAGUCGAUCUGAUUGGAUACUUUUUAAGUGAUUCUAAAUAGCUUGGUGACAGAAGCAUUCGGCUGUAAAUGUUUUACCUGAUUCAGUUCUGCACAAAUAUUGCUUCACAUUCUAUUAUUUAUUUAAUUAUAAUGUAAUUUGAUUUAAUUUGUAUGUUGAUUAUGUGCUUGUUUAUAUGUAUGGCUGCUAUUUGUUAAACUUGUGCAAACUGUGAUGUUGCCUAUCCUGGACAAAAUGUAUAGUUUUUUUUUAAACAUUGUGUAUUGUAGUCAAAUAAUGAAAUUAAAUUAUGAAGUCAG